AUGAGAUUUCUUCCAUCAGACUUCGGAUGUGAAGAGGAUAGGAUGACUGUUUUGCCCCCAUUCCAAGCUGUUCUCAAUAAAAAGCAAAUGAUUCGAAGGGCCAUAGAAGCAGCAGGGAUCCCCUAUACCUUUGUGUCCGCUAACUGCUUUGGUUCAUACUUUGUGAAUUUCUUGCACCAUCCACACGCGCAAAGGGAGAACAUUACUGUGUAUGGCAGUGGCGAAACUAAAGCUGUGCUAAACUGCGAAGAAGAUAUAGCCAAUUGUACAAUCAAAGUGGCAACCAACCCUAGAACAUGCCAUCGUGUUGUGAUCUAUCGACCUCCGAUGAAUGCUACAUCACAACUUGAAUUGAUCUGUCUUUGGGAGAAGAAAACUGGUCAAACUUUCAGGAGGGUUCAUGUCUCUGAGGAAGAAAUUAUGGGCCUUUCACAGACUCUCCCUCAUCCUGACAACAUACCAGUAUCCAUCCUACACAGUCUUUUUGUUAAGGGUGUGACAAUUAACUUUGAUAUAGGAUCAAAUGAAAUAGAUGCUUCAAGGCUAUAUCCGGAUUUGCAAUUCACUACAGUUGAACAGCUUCUUGAUAUCUUUCUCUACAAUCCUCCAAAGCCUGCUUCUGCAGCAUUUGAGUAA